UUGUGAGGUGGGCCGGAAGUGGGCCGGGGAGGCGGGAGGCCCAGCGGGCAAGAUGAAGCGGGCAGUGGACGAGAUGUUCCCUGAGGGCGCCGGGCCCUACGUGGACCUGGACAAGGCAGGAGGCAGCACGGGGCUCCUGAUGGACUUGGCAGCCAAUGAGAAGGCAGUUCAUGCAGACUUUUUAAAUGAUUUUGAAGAUCUGUAUGGUGAUGAUAUCCAGUGAGACGCCGUCCAGCAGUGCGUGUGGUCAUGUGCGUUACGAGGUGGUGUGGUGGAGUUCCUCAGAGGACAAUUUCAGAUAGUCCUAAAGAACUCAUGGAUGUUACUUGAAAUUAAGAGAUGGUUAACCAAGAAAGAGAAGGAUGGUUUUAACUAUCUGCAUGAGGCCCGCUUAUCUCUGAAUGUGACCAACUUUUGUCCUUCAAUUAAAAAGCGAUGUCAUACAUUUUUCCAAAGAAGACAUCCAAAUGGCCAACAGACACAUGAAAAAGUGCUCAAUAUCGCUCGGCAU